UAGGGUUGGAGGGUUGAGCAAUGGGGAGAGGCUGAAUAAACUGGGGUUAUUUUCCCAGAAGUGUCGGAAACGGAGGGGGUGACCUUAUAGAUGUUUAGAAAAUCAUGAGAGGCAUGGAUAAGGUUGAAGAUUUAAAUUUCAAAAUUGGAGGGAUGGAUUUUGAAGUUGUACGGUGGUGUAAAGUAAUCUUUUACGAGGACAGGAACUUCCAGGGUCGGCACUAUGAGUGCAGCAGUGACUGUGCCGACCUGCACUCUUACAUCAGCAGCUGUAACUCCAUCCGUGUUGAGAGUGGCUGCUGGGUGGCGUAUGAGAGACCCAAUUACAUGGGAUACCAGUAUGUUCUGACCAAGGGAGAGUACCCUGACUGCCAGCACUGGAUGGGAUUCAAUGACAACAUCAGGUCAUGUCGCACUUAUAGCUAUGCAAGUGGGGCUUCAUAUAAAAUAAAGAUUCACGAGAGGCCUAAUUUUGGAGGACAAAUGAUGGAAUUCAUGGAAGACUGUCCAUCUGUCUACGAUUGUUUCCGUUACCGUGACAUCCACUCCUGCCAUGUGAUGGACGGUUACUGGAUCUUCUAUGAGCAUCCCAACUACAGAGGGCGGCAGUACUUCAUGAGACCCGGUGAAUACAGGAGAUACUCUGACUGGGGAGCCAUUGUCGCUACUGUCGGCUCCUUCCGUCGUGUUCUGGACAUCUAAUCUUCAUCAGCGUCCUUUAAGAAAAAUUGGUCAAAAAUAAAAAUUGUUUCCCUGCAUUUAAA